GGAAUAUCAAUUGUUUCCACACUAGGGACAAAACUUCAUCAAACUCAUGAACUUACUCAGUCCCUUCCAGUUUGGAAUUCGCAACAACGACCCUCAGUCAUCUUCCUCUAUAUAUUACUCCUCAGCUCUUAUAUUUAGACGCACACAAUUAUACAGCUCUAGAGAAUCAAGAAAAUUAUUAUACCCAUUAAGAUGAAACCGUACCUACGUGCAAUAUUCCUAUUAUUCCUUAUCCUUCCUUCGGCGAGAUGGGGCGAGGCUAAAAUUUUUGACAAGAUAAAAACGUUUUUGAGCAAGUUUAGUGAUGAGAAGAUAAAAAAUUUCCCGAGUCGUGAUGAGCAGAAGAAACUGCGGGAGUAUUCCGAGAAAUUCACGGAAAUUAUAGAUUUUGUACAACAAAAGCCGACCCCUCCCCCACCGCCAAUGUACCGUUUACAACCAAAGUCCCCUCCCCCACCGCCAAACGCACCACCGAAGCAAAUCAUUAAAGGCCUGUCCGUCGUCAAAGAUUACUUAUCUGACUACGGCUACAUUGAAUCCUCUGGGCCAUUUAACGAUUCUUUCGAUCAGGAAAUAAUAUCAGCCAUUAAGACCUACCAGAAUUUUUCCAAUCUUAAUGUUACCGGCGACCUGAACAAACAGCUUAUUCAGCAAAUCUUGUCCAUACGAUGCGGUGUCCCCGACGUUAACUUCGACUACAACUUCACCGACGACAACAUUUCCUAUCCCAAAGCCGGACACCGCUGGUUCCCAAACAGAAACCUCACAUACGGUUUUCUUCCCGAAAACCAAAUCCCAGACAACAUGACUAAGGUGUUCAGAGAUUCCUUUGCGAGGUGGGCCCAAGCCUCGGGGACUUUGAGUCUCACGGAGACAACCUACGACAACGCCGACAUCCAGGUAGGGUUCUACAACUUCACUGCCUUGAGAAUUGAAGUGGAGGUGUAUGGUGGCAGCCUUAUAUUUUUGCAACCGGAUUCUAGUAAGAAAGGGGUGGUACUUAUGGACGGUAACAUGGGCUGGUUACUUCCAAGUGAAAACGCCACACUGUCUAAAGAUGAUGGAGUUUUGGACUUGGAGACUGUGGCGAUGCACCAGAUAGGGCAUCUACUUGGACUUGAUCACUCUCACAAAGAGGACUCUGUUAUGUAUCCUUACAUAUUGUCAUCACAGUCACAGCAACGAAAGGUGCAGCUUUCCAAUUCUGACAAGGCCAACAUUCACCUUCAGUUUGCUAAGCAUGACUCGGAUCUGACUUCUCCAAACUCGCAUGACUCGGAUCUGACUUCUCCAAACUCGCAUGACUCUGCAAGCCACGGUGGGCGUUUGGAUGUGCUUUUGGUUACCACUUCCUCUCUUGGAUUUGCUUACUUACUGCUCCUUUUGUAUUAGUCGCUGCUCCUGUCCCACCUUGCUUUUGGACUUUUAUGAGCUUUUUAUAUUUCUGAUUGUUCAAUGUUUAUUGUAUGUGUUCCCCAACCCGUGGUGACUUUUCGGUUUAUUCAUGUGCCUGUUUCUUAUAGGCCUUUCGAUUUUAAUGUAAUGGCUCAAUUUUUUUUCUUUUC